UGCAGAGGGCAGCUCUCCGCUCGGGGUCCUCGUAUCGCUCUCCCACAAUCCCUCGCUCUCUUCCAGCUGCUGGACUCCAAGAUGGGUCGUGUCAGGACUAAGACCGUCAAGAAAGCCGCUCGGGUGAUCAUCGAGAAAUACUAUACCCGGCUUGGCAAUGACUUUCACACAAACAAGAGGGUGUGUGAAGAGAUCGCCAUCAUCCCCAGCAAGAGACUCCGCAACAAGAUCGCAGGGUACGUGACGCACUUAAUGAAACGUAUCCAGCGUGGGCCUGUCAGAGGUAUCUCCAUCAAACUGCAAGAAGAGGAGCGAGAGAGGAGGGAUAACUACGUCCCAGAGGUCUCUGCUCUGGAUCAGGAGAUCAUUGAGGUGGAUCCCGAUACCAAGGAGAUGUUGAAGUUGUUGGACUUCGGCAGCUUGUCCAACUUGCAGGUCACACAACCGUCUGUGGGAAUGGCCUUCAGGACUCCCAGAAUCUGAGACUUUCUUUGUACCAAACUGUUGGAAUAAAACAUUUUACAAAAGGA